AAGCCUCCAACAAUUCUUUGCAAUCUUCUGGUCCGAACGAACACGCUGUGGCACAAGUCUCCAUUUUACUUCUUUUUUCCAUUUGAUCCCUUCAAGUCGCGAAUAUACAUACCCAUCUUUCACAAUGCUGGGGACUUCAAGAUCGGCCCAGUGCCUCGUGCGCGCCGCGCGCAAGCCGCAGCUCUUCCAGGCCUCCAAGCAGGCUUCACGCACAUUCGCGACCGUUCAGUCUGACAUCUUCAAGCCCUCAAAGUAUGGCGGCAAGUACACGGUCACCCUCAUCCCUGGUGACGGUAUCGGUGCCGAGGUCGCCGAGAGCGUGAAGACCAUCUUCAAGGCGGACAACGUUCCCAUUGAGUGGGAGCAGAUCGAGGUUUCGGGUAUCGCAGACACCGCCGCUCCCUCGGGCCGCACCGAGGACCUUUUCAAGGAGUCGGUCGCGUCGCUGCGUCGCAACAAGCUCGGUCUCAAGGGUAUCCUCCACACGCCCAUCAGCCGGUCCGGCCACCAAAGCUUCAACGUUGCCAUGCGCCAGGAGCUUGACAUCUACGCCUCCAUCUCCCUGAUCAAGAACAUCCCCGGCUACGAGACCAGGCACAAGGACGUUGACUUGUGCAUCAUUCGUGAGAACACCGAGGGUGAAUACAGUGGCCUGGAGCACCAGUCCGUCCCGGGUGUUGUCGAGUCGCUCAAGAUCAUCACACGUGCCAAGUCUGAGCGCAUUUCCAAGUUUGCUUUCAGCUUCGCCCUCGCCAACAACCGCAAGAAGGUCACCUGCAUUCACAAGGCCAACAUCAUGAAGCUUGCCGACGGUCUUUUCCGUAGCACCUUCCACGCCACUGCCAAGGAGUACCCGACACUCGUGGCUAACGACAUGAUUGUCGACAACGCCAGCAUGCAGUGUGUCAGCCGCCCGCAGCAGUUCGAUGUUCUGGUCAUGCCCAACCUUUACGGUGGCAUCCUGUCCAACAUCGGUGCCGCCCUGGUCGGUGGCCCCGGUAUCGUCCCUGGCUGCAACAUGGGCCGUGACGUCGCCGUCUUCGAGCCUGGCUGCCGUCACGUCGGUCUUGACAUCAAGGGCAAGGACCAGGCCAACCCUACUGCUUUGAUCCUGUCAGGCUCUAUGCUCCUGCGCCACUUGGGUCUUGACGACCACGCCAACCGCAUCAGCAAGGCCGUCUACGCCGUCAUUGCCGAGGGCAAGACCCGGACACGUGACAUGGGCGGCGAGGCCACCACCAACCAGUUCACCAAGGCCAUCUUGGACAAGAUGGAGACUUUCUAAUUUAUAGUAAAAAGACCCCCACACGACAUGGCGCGAUUCACGAGAUUGUAUGAUCAGUAGUGAAGCCCUACCUAGCCUCUGGGUUUGUUCCGCAUCCGUCGCGUUUCCAAAGAAGCACACGGUUUGAGGGCUGCUACUCAAGGGACGUACCCUUGCCACAUGUCAAGUGGAAAGGAGUGCGAAAAGAAAACAAAGCGACAAAGGACAAAACGCACGCUCCAAACCAUAUGGAGACGUGUUGGUGGUUUUGAUACGUGAAUGACGAGAGGCUUGAUGGGUGGAGAACUGUAUUUUAGGGUAGACUAGGAUACAAGGCAAAUACUUUUUUUUUUUUA